CUUCCUUCAGUGAACCGCGAACCGCCGCGCUCGAAGCAAGUCUCAAUCUAAAACAUAAAUGAACACCUUUAAAAAUUGACAAUCAGUGAUACAAAAAGAAAAAAAACUAACUAGUUUUAUGUUUUGAUUAUUAUCAACACAACACUAAUUGGAUUGGCAUUUGAAUACAAACUUUUAGAAAGCUUUGGUAUUGAUAAAAGUUUGUUUUUCGUUUGCAAGGACAGUGUUACGAAAGUUCAGAUUGCGAGUUACAAAGUGUUUUUUUUUUUUUAAUUUAGCUUAUUCCGGGAUUGUUGCGUGUUUGUGCGAAUUAGAAGCCCUGCUUUGGUUGCGAAUUCUGACUUGGAAUUUUUCCCUAAUCUCUAAAACGGCUGGACCGAUUUUGACGAGACUUUCACUGAUUUACAAUUACUCAUAAUUGAAGUUAUCCAACAAUGACAUAAGGCUCCAACAAAAUGGCGUUGCGACUUAAAAAGGAUAUCAAGAAAGCGUCGUAUUACGUUUGGUUCCUCGGGGCUCAGGAAUCUCGCGGUCUGCGGGGCGAGGAGUUUGCGCUACCGGCGAUCACGUUACUCGAGGAGAGAGCAAGGGAGUUGGAACCCUUCAAGGUUACGUUGCAGGUUUCACAUAAAGGCCUGAAAAUAAUACAGAAUGUAACAGCCAAGGGAAAACAGCAGACGAUCAAGCAUUUCAUACCUCACGGCAGCAUCACGAGUGCCGUGUCACAAGGAGAUGUGGUCGCGUGUGUGUUACUGCUGUACAACCCUCUCACCGGCUGCCCUGUUCACGUCCACGCUUACAGAUGCGACUCUGAGCACACGGCGGAGAUGCUCUACACGCAUUUACAAGCGCUGAUCGAUAGGCCGGAGAAUCAAAAGAAAUUCGCCGAUAUCGAACGCAAGCUUCAAAUGCGCGGGGCUCUUCCGACCAGCAAGAAGCCUCCGGAUUCGUCGCUGGGCAGCGAAGUCUCCAGAGAGUCGGACUCCGGGAGCAACGAAGAGAGAUGCGUCGCGAACCUAUAUGACAGUCUGGCUGCUGAGCUCAAGCAAAAGUUGUCGACAGGUAAAAAGGGUCUAGGCAAAAGUCCUAUUCUCCUUCCACCGCGCGACUACGACACGGUGCACCGUCAGAAAGGCAACUUGAACAACAUAGACACAAGAAGAUGUUUGAACCAGAACAUAGUAGGGGUGAACGCUCGACGUAAGCUGGAGUCUUCGGGAGGAAGUUCUGGGAUCGGGAGCGACCUUGCUCCAUCUCCAGAGAGAAAUGAAUAUCCACGUCAACACGAUAACCAUAGCACUAGUGAGGAAGACUGGGCAGAGAGCACUGCUUACAUGAUGCAUGAAGCUUUCGACGCAUCACCACCACGUCGCGCCACGUCACCGCGUCGUCCUGCGUCACCUCGCCGAGCGCCCUCCCCGCACCGCGCCAUUUCCCCGCGAAGAGUAUCUCCGCCGAGACGAGCUCUUUCUCCUCGGAACUACGACCGCGGAUACAACGAAGACUUCUCUGAACAGUACCGUGACCAACUAGCUCCAUUCCGUGAUCAUACAUUCGAAAGACGCUUCCGGAACGAAUCCCUAGACCGAAAGGAGAAACAAGACAAAUUUAUCGACGACACAAACUACAGGAGACGGUACGUUGCAGACGCUAAACCCUCUAACCGAAGCAUAGACAGAGUAGAAGAUCGUCGAUUUGGAAAACUGCAGCGAGGAGCCAGCGAAGGGAGCCUGAAAAUCAACGAUGCUUCACCAAAGGACAGGUUCAACGUAGCAAAAGAAAAGUUCAUGAAUCUUGAACGGGAGCGAUUGAACCGCGAACUAGAACAACACAUGGCAAUUCGACGAAGCAUAUUAGAAAGGAAUAGUCGCUCGACUUCUUCUCCCGAGGAAGAAAGAAGGGACGAGCGACCGGAUAGAAGAGACUUAAGCUCCCGUCGAGAACCGGAGCGUUCUCCUUUGGAGCGAUACAGAGAACCGAACAGGCGGAAGGAGCCAGAAAGGCCAGACGUCGAUGUCACUGACCUAGGACACAGAGAAAUUGAAAGGCUUCCACGGGUGGGACGCAAACGCGAAGACGCCAAACGGUUCGAGUAUGGCGCCGAAGAAUACUUGAACAGGAUCGAACCGAAACCUCACCGAGAUGAGUUUGAUCGAUACAGAGACAGGAGGGAGUUGGACCGACGUAUUGACGAAGAUGAAAUCAUCGAACCGGUGAUAGAGGACCGAAGAAGAGACUGGAACGACCGACAAAGGGCAUUCAGUCGCUCACGGCUGUUGGAAGAUCAGCGCCAGUCUUACGCAGAAGGGGACAGGGACCGUUUUUACGAGAGGGACUACAGGGACUACCGUGAGCUCGCCGACAGACAGCCGAGCAAGUUCCGACACAGCUACGCCGAACCCAUCCCGAGGGGCCGACUUGGGACCGUCAGGCCUUAUUGACAUGCCAUAAUAGAUAUAAUAGGAUACACACACGUUUCAAAAUAUACAGGGUGGAAAGAACUAUUCGCAUGGCCAAAACAAUGUAAAAACACAUGAAAUGGCAUAAUGAUUCAAAAACACUUAGUGAUUUGAGAUUUCGUGGGCCAGCAUUGUAAACUGGACAAAAGUCAGCAGUCGACAACAAAUUGGCAAUGGACCGCAUUUUUUGCCGAAAUAAUGCCUAUCUUACGAAUCAGACCUGAAUUUUUAUCAUAUAAAAACUGCUGACCUGCAAGCAUUUAGGUUACACAAUGCUGAUCCAUAAAAUAUCAAAUAACCAAAACGAUUUCUAUUGAAAACUGAAUGUUAUUUUCCGGUUAUGUACAUACAUAUAAUACGUGUUAUAAUACAUUCAAAAAAUUACCUGAUCACAACACUCUGCGUAUUAUUUAUGAAAAUGCUAUUGGUAUGCUGGGGAACAAAUCUAAUAUUCAUUAGUCAUACCGUAAAUGUAAGGUAAAAUUAUGUAUAUUCGGUAUAUUUGGUUAUAAAUGAAACCAAACAUAGAUCGUGGCGUACUAAACAUUCUUUGUUACAGAUUAAUCUUAACAUUCUACGUGAAUAUAAUUCGAUGCCUCCAAUGAACACUAGUCUAACUCAAAAUUUUGAAAUUUUCGUUUUUCACGCAAAUCGCUUCACUAUUUUAAAAGUAUUACAAAUUCAUUAUUAAUGGGGUUCGAAGCAAGAGUAAAUCAGCUAGUUACACAAGAAAAACCAUAAAUAUAUCUGCAUUAAUAAAGAUUUUACCAACUUUUUUCGUUUAAACUCUCCUCAUAGCCGACUUAACCUAAUAGGUGUAUGGCUCUAAUAAAGAAUAAAAAAAAAAAAAAAAAAAAAAACUCCUGUAAACCUGCGAAUUUGGAGUUAGAGUAGUGUUCAUUGCAGGCAUCGAUAUUCAGUUUCGUAAACUUAACUCUAGAUGACAUUAUGACUUGGAUACAUAAUAUGUAUUGGUUAGUUAAUCAUAAUUUCAAUAGAAUAGUGCCUUAAAUAUAUUAAUAAUAAAAAUGGACAAUAACACAACAAACAAACGGACAGUAAAUAUUUUAUGUAAAUAAAAAAUCGUAUAGUGGAUUCGUAUGCAAGUACCUUAAUCGUUAUUUUAGAUUAUAACAUUUAAUCUUGUAAACAAAUAAAAAAAAAAUAUUAUUGUGCUAUAUUAUAAAACAUGUUAUAAUGGUUUUCAAAUAAAAAAAUUAAUAAAGUGUAUUCGGAUGAUUGCAAUUAAAGUCACAAAUUGAUUAUUUUUAACGAAUGUACAUUAAAUUUAAAUAUCUUAAGCGUGAUUAAAUUUGAAACAAGACAAAUUAAGUCAACUAAAAAAAGUUCUUUUAUCAUAGAAACUUAGAUGCGACAAAUACAAUAAAAUGGACUGACAUUUGACAAUGUUAAUAAUAUCUAUCAGUUCUAAUUGGCCAAUCACGUCAUUGUUCUUGUAAAUACUAAUAUUUUCCAGUGAAAUGUGAUCCCCACAAUUAGUACGAAAUUUAUAUUUUGUUUGUAAAAUAUUAAUAAAGUUAUUAUUUACGUAA